AUGAGAGUAUAUAAGCCCCCCAUUCCAUUUCCUCAUAGAAUUGUAGAGAAGAAGUUGAAUGAGAAGUUUUCAAAAUUUCUUGAAGUCAUGAGAGGACUUCAAGUGAACAUCCCCUUUCUUCAUGCUAUGUCACAAAUGGCUACCUAUGAAAUUUUUUUGAAGGAUCUUCUAUCCAACAAGAGUAGGCUUGAAGAGAGUGCAACCAUCUCCCUUCCUAAGGAGGUGAAUGCAAUCAUUCAAAACAAGCUUCCCCAAAAGCUUGGUGACCCCAAUAGCUAUGCAAUACCGAUGAAGAUUGGAGAUUUGGAAGCUAUGGAUGCUUUUUGUGAUGUUGGGGCAAGUGUGAGCUUGAUGCCCUAUUCUAUUGCAAAGAGCUUGAAAGUUGGAGACUUGAAGCCAACAAGAAUGUCCUUACAAUUAGCCGACCGCACGGUUAGGCUACCUUUGGGAAUUCUUAAAGAUGUGCUGGUUCAAGUUGGAAGAGUAUUUGUGCCAUGUGAUUUUGUGGUAUUGGAGAUGGAAGAGGAUACAAGAGUACCCCUCAUCUUGGGGAGACCAGUUUUGAACACCGUGGGAGUGGUGAUUGAUAUGAAGGAAGAAAGAUUGACUUUGAACGUGGGAGAUGAGAAAAUUUCAUUUUCAUUCUCACAAAUUGAUUGA